AUGUCUAUACAGUCGAAUUUAAAGUCUUUUCUAAAACAAAAUCCAAAAACACCUUCCAAAAAUCUCGAAGAAAAAAUUGAUGAAACAAAAUGUUCAACUUGUAUUAAUCCCGAUUAUCCGGACAUACAUUUAUUGAAAGAAAGUGAUCUUAGGGACACUGAUAUAAAGAAAAAGUUACUGGAAGGUUCAUGGACAACCAUACAAGAAUUUCAAUUUCCAUUGAGUGCAAACAAGAGGAAGUUCAAUGCAACAUGGGUUAAAGAGAACCCCUGGCUGCGAUACAGUGUUUCGUGCGAUGGGAAUAUUGCACUGCGUGGCCACACAGAAGAUGAUAGCAAUUUCAUGGCAAUUCUUCGCCACACAGCCCAAACAGACAAAGCUUUAAGCUAUCAUUUACAGAAUGCUGACCCAAGAGCUAAGUACACUUCACCAGACAUUCAGAACGAGCUCAUUUCACUGUGCUGUAAACAAAUAACUGGCUCUAUAAUUCUUGAUGUCAACAAAUCACCAUACUUUGGAUUUAUUGCUGAUGAAGCAACAGAUGCUUCUACUAUGGAGCAGAUGGCUAUGGUCCUUCGUUUUUUCGACAAAGGGAAGGGAAUUGUUAGAGAGGAGUUUGUCGGUUUUUCAGAGGUGAAGAGGACAACGGGUGAGGAAUUGGCUAACGCAUUUCUAGAUAACCUGACGCAACUAGGGGUAACUCUGAAUAAGAUGAGGGGUCAAGGAUAUGAUGGUGCCGCAAACAUGUCAGGAGUGAGAAAAGGAGUGCAGGCUAGAAUAAGUGAAAUUAUUCCAGGGGCUCUUUACACACACUGCAAGGCUCAUUGCCUAAAUCUCGUCAUAACCCAUGCAUGUAAAAUACCCUUAAUCAGAAACAUGAUGGAUAUCGUACAGCAAAUUGCUUUUGCGUUUCAGUAUUCUGCCAAACGUAUCAACGUGUUUAAGGAGGAGCUGAAAGAGAACAAUGCAGCAAAAGCUUCGAUGGAGAAAAAACAGAAACUACAGACUCUGUGCGAGACAAGAUGGUCUUCGAAAGCCAAUGCAUUGUUUACAUUUAAAGCAUCUCUUGAAGUUAUCGAUGACACUCUCCAUCGAUUAGCAAACGAAAUGUCGGAUGCAAAGGCUCGUACAUAUGUAUGUUCCAUUGAGAGAUUUGAUUUCAUUCUCCCUCUAGUUGUCUGCGAGCAUGUUUUACAAAUACUAGCACCCCUGUCAGAAUUGCUUCAGGCCAAGGACUCUGAUCUUAUUGAGGCAAUGAAGGAGACAAAGGCAGUCUAUGCAGUCAUUCAAAACGAGCAAAAUGACGACAUGGUGUGGGAUGCCUUGUAUGCAUCGGCUGUGGACUUUGCUGCUACAAUUGAUGUAGAACCUUCAUCUCCUAGAUGUGCUCAUCGUCAAACACUUCGUGCUAACACUCCUGCAAACUCGAUAGAUGUUUAUUGGAAAAGAUCUGUCUUCUUUCCUUUUUAUGACCAUGUAUUGCAGGAGCUUGAUGAUCGUCUUCUUGGAUGCAGCGAGAGGUUCAUAGCUCAGUACCUUAUACCUUCCAACCUUGGACAGCUCACUGACAACAGAGUUAAUGCCCUGUAUGAAGCUUUUAAAGCUGACAUACCCGUUUCAAUGGCUGUAUUUCACACAGAGGUAAAGAGGUGGAUCACAAGAUGGUCAUUAGAAGAUGAAGAAAACAUGCCUUCAUCUCUGCAAGAUACACUCCAUUCGGUAAAUCCUGAUCUUUAUCCAAAUAUAUUCACAGUAUUGUCUGUAUUAAUUUCCAUGCCUGUUUCUACGGCUUCAGCAGAACGCUCUUUUAGCGUAAUGAGACGCGUAAAAAGUUACAUGCGAUCAACUAUGUCCACAGAGCGAUUAUCAGCGUUAGCUAUGCUUCAUGCCCACAAGGACAUGCGUAUUGACUCCGAGGCUGUUGUGAAGGAAUUUGCUCAGGGCAAAAGUAGACGCCUUGUCUUUUUGUUUAACAAUAAAGAAA